AUGCUGCUUCCGGGAGCCGGCAUCUACAUGGUCAGGGGUGGGGGCUCCUGCAGGGACAAGCAGAGUGGUGACGAAGGUCAGAGGGUCCAGCUCAUGUACGUUCAACGAGAUGUCACCGUGGCUGUCAGCAUGCGCUGGGCUCCACGGAACCCUCACCUGGGGGCCCCGCAGUCCAGCACCAUGGACAGCGGCGGCUGGGUUCCCUCGGGGAGCACCGGCGGCUUCUCCCUGCCCGCCCGGCCACCCUUGCAGGAGUGUGGCAUCUGUGAGGCUGCCAGGAGAGAACCCAAUCCACCCAGACACCCAACACCGGUGGCCAAGGCCCCGGCAAGCGCUGACCAGCAGGGCGUGAGUGCUGUCCAUGUGGUGGUGGUGCUGACCGACAGCCCCCCUGGGGAGGACAAAGAAACUGGGGAACUGUCUCCACUGGGAGCUGUCCCCAAGGCCACAGUACUGAUUUGGGAUCCGGAAGGGGGUGCGGGUGGGGGUGGGGGCCGCGAGCUGCGCUCACCAGCCAUCUGCACGGAGACAGAUGCGAAUGCAGCCUCCCCAGGGACGCGGGCCCAGGGGACCCCAACCUCACGGAAGCUGUGCAGAGCCACGGGCCUGCUGCUGAGGUCCGGCCCUGAAGUGAACACUCACAGGAAGGAAGCUGCACACGGGGAGGAGGUGAGUGGGCGUGAGAAUGAGGGGCGGCCGCUGGGCACUCGCCGGGCCUCCCACCUGCCGUCGCGGCAGCAGAGGGAAAGAGUGAAAAGACAAAAUCGGAACGAGGUGCAGUCAAGUUCGCUGUCCUCACUGCUGCCCCGGCUCAUCACUUGA